CCGACUUGCACUCUUUCUUGAAUCUUGGCCUUCAUACCGUAAAUGCACUUCUCAAAACAGAAAACAGGCAGUUGUGUUACUGUCUUUGCUGUUUAUAGUGUUAGUCCAGCUCCCAUCAUGGUUGUCAUUGUAUAUUAGACAUGUGGAGAAAGCAGGGUGGAGGGUAGCACGCCAGGGACCUAAAUUAACUUGGCGCGGACUCUAUUGACAUGUCCCUCGAGCUAUAGUGAACAAUGGACGACACACCUCGCGAACGUCAGGAGAACGAAUUAGCUGUUUUGCAGUCAAUAUUACUCGAAGAUUGUUUCUUGCGUCGUGCUGUCGAGCCCAGUCAAACGAAGAGUUACCGAGAUGUCACUGCCAAAGCUGACGACAACGAGGAUGAUGUGGCCUGCGCUGCUGGUGCCACACCGCGGCUCUCCCUGUCCGACCUCUCUCCGACGGAGCGUAUUUGCUAUCGCGUGCGCUUGGAACCGCAGCAAAGCAAAACCGGUGCUGAUGUUCAUGCUUGCAUUGAUCUAGAUGUGGAGCUGCCUGAGGCCUACCCGAACAGCCCACCAGUGCUGAAGCUCUUGAACGCCAAGGGAGUUCCCAAAGACAAGGUCACAGCCAAGGAGGAAGAGCUGAAGAAGCUGACGCUCGAUCAAUUAGGAGAAGAGGUCAUCUUUAGUCUUGUUCAAGACAUUCAGACCUGGCUCAUUGAGUUCAACCGUCCCCAGCUGUCCUUCUACGAGCAGAUGAUAGCCAGCAAACUGCAACAGGAGCGCCUGGAACAGGAGGAGCAGGAGCGUCAAUUGCGUGAAGAACAGCUGGAGAUCGAGCGGCGGCAGGCAAUCGAGCAACAGCAAAUCAAGGAUGAGCUAAAUCGUCGGGAGGAGGAGCGCAAGAAGCUGAAGGACAGCAAGCGUCAUGGUGAUAGUCCCGUCAAGGACAAGCCAGUGAAGACUGUAUCCAUCUGCUCGAAUGUCCAGACUCUUGUCUUCUCGACUGACGAGGACAGUUCCGCGCAGUCGUCACCCUCCAUCCGACGCCCAUCUGAUCGUCCCUCUCAGGAUCUGCCGCCACUCGCUCGAACCAUGGCUCAGCCGACGCCGUCGUCGUCAGUCGGCGACUCCGGCCUCCGCUCGGACUGCAUUGGUAACUUUGACAACGUCACCAUCGGACGCGGCCUUGGGCGCAGUUGCAGCAUGGGUUGCAGGACAUGCGUAGCCAUGACAACGCACGGCGAGGUCGUCUGUCUGUGUCAGUGGCAACUGCAGUGUCGCAGCGGUGGCAAGCGUUCCGAGGCAGCGUCCAACUUCCCACCGGGGGUGAUGAGACGCCUCAGACAGGUGGUUAGUAUAGAGCAAGAGCUAAUGAAAUGGCAGGCAGUAAGCCACUGCAACCUUGUUCACUAUCUCGGCAUGCGGCACUGGCAGGACGCGGGCGAAAUGGAUCUCGUACACAUUGAAGUGAUGAAGGAGUAUGUCAGUGGUGGUUCUCUGGCCAAGCAUCUGGAGAACAUGACCACCAAUGUGUUCCAGGGCGAACUACUUAAUUCAUGCUCUGAGCAGCUUCUCAGUGCGGUGGCGUACCUGCACAGUCAGAAUAUCGUGCAUCGGCAAAUCCAGCUGACGAACGUUUUCCUUGACGACGCUGGCAAGAUACGCUUAUCGGACUACUCCAUCAUGAGACGAAUUGGAGAUCUAUUCAAGAGUCUAACAUCAGAAGACAUCGGGAAGUCCGUGGCCGUACCCUGCAAUCCACCCUCAUUCGAACCUCUCCCCAGCAAGAAAGGAGAUGUCUUCCGUAUGGGUCUCACGUUGCUGGCCCUCUCGCAAGGCGACUCCAAACUGGAUUACAACGGGUCGUUCCCGACGGCCGUUCACGUGUCGCUGGCAUUCAAGGAGUUCAUAGAGCGAUGUCUGGAUACUGACGAUCGGUUACGCCCGUCAGCUCGAGAACUCGUCGAAAUGUACUUUUCGAAGGAUGCACAGCAGCCUCCCAACACUCUGACGCUGCGAAGUGGCAAUCCAUCUCCGCCGACCGUUGGCUCUCCCGGUUUCUAUCAGGACCCACUACCUAACUUCUCAGCAAUGCAGCGCUCGCGUCUCAUGACUGAAUUCGACUAUGUGGAAAUGCUGGGCAGUGGCGGCUUCGGCGAUGUCUUCAAGGUUCGCAACAAGCUGGAUGGCUGUGCAUAUGCAAUCAAGCGAAUUCGUCUGGAGAGGCGGCACGCGCCAUUCAACAGCAAGAUUAGCCGAGAGGUCAAGCUGCUGUCUCGUCUGAACCAUGAGAACGUUGUGCGGUAUUAUAAUUCAUGGAUCGAGACACAACUGGAGGAUACAUCACCGUGGGGCCUGCCACUCAAUCGGGAUAGCGACGACGAUGAGGAGGACGACGAUGACGAUAGCUUUGACGUGCAGAGCGGUAGCCGCAGCGACAGCCACAGCACGUCCAGUGAGAGCACCGGGAAAAGCGGCAUAUCGUUCAGAUCCACCUUUCGCCCAAAGGAUCUUCUGUCACGUGGUAGCUCGUCCAGUGUUGCUAUGUCGGUGUCUGAAAGCAGUGGGGCUGGCAAUGAUUCCAAUCAAGAAGAUAUCUUUGACUUGUCGUUUGGGGAAGAUGAAAAAGACUACUCCAACAUCAGCAGCAGGAGUAAGGCCAAGAUGGAGUCAUCAAACUCCGAUGAAUCUGUCAUCUUUGGUAACAAUGGUGCCCAAAAGGGCGCUAAGGAGGAUGAAUUUGAAGAUGACGACGAUGACGUCAAGUUUGCCGACGACGAGUGUCCCAACGAUUUGUCCAUGCCCAAGUUUUUGUACAUACAGAUGGAGUAUUGUGAACAGAGUACCCUGCGUGACGUGAUCGACAAGCAGAACCUCUUCAGGGAUCCCAGCCGUGUUUGGCGACUAUUCCGAGAGCUGGUUGACGGCAUUGCUCAUAUACACGAGCAGGCCAUGAUCCACCGGGACCUGAAGCCACCGAAUGUCUUCCUCGACUCAAGCGACCGCAUCAAGAUCGGUGACUUUGGCCUGGCUACGACUCACUCUCAUUCCAUGCGGCAAAACAGCUUUUUUGGCCCAUCUUUGAAUAGUGGAUCCAAUUCGCCCAUGUCCGAAGAAGCUGCCGGAUCAGGUAGCAUGACCAGCAGAGUGGGCACAGCACUGUACAUAGCACCGGAGUUGAACUCAGUGCCUCGCUAUACACAGAAAGUCGAUAUCUACAGUCUGGGUAUCAUUUUCUUCGAGAUGUGCACGCCGCCUGUGCAGACCGCCAUGGAACGCAUGAAGACGCUCAGCGGGCUCAGAUCAGAGGACCUCAUCUUUCCAGCCUCGUUCGAUGAAAGUGCCAUGGAAAAGCAGGCUCACUUGGUGCGGUGGAUGUUGAAGCACAACCCUCACAAGCGACCCAGCGCCCGGGAUCUGCAGCAGAGUGACUUUCUGCCAAUCACCAUGGAGGAUAAGGAGAUGAAAGAGGUUCUGCGCCACACUCUGGCAUCAACCAACUCCACUAGGUAUCGUGAGCUGAUGUCGUCAUUGUUCAGCCAGCCGACAGAUUCGGUUGUCGACUUUACGUACGACCUGGACCUUCACAAGGGAUCUGGCACAAUAACAGCUUCCCUGCAUCAUACUGACGUUCAAGAUCGACUAACAAAGAUCUUUAGACGACACGGUGCAGUGAUAGUGAGUACUCCCCAGCUGACUCCGUACCACUCGUCGUCAACUCCGGAGUCGGUCAUGUGCCUGAUGGAUCGUCACGGCGGUCUGGUCACGCUGCAACACGACCUGCGAUCAUCGUUUGCGCGCUCAGUGGCCAGGAACGACAUCCAGCAUCUGAAACGGUUUAUGAUUGGCAAAGUGUUCCGUGACAAGAAGGUCCGUGGUGCUCACCCGCUAGAAAUCUAUGAGUGUGCAUUCGAUAUCGUCACUCCAACACCGGGCCAGUUGCUGUCAGAUGCAGAAGUUAUAUUCUCUGUAUUUGAAGUCAUUCAAGAAUUUGACCAUCUUCACGAUCGAGCAGCUUGCAGCGGCUUUACUCACGCGGCGUAGCGAUCUCUAGCCGAGGAACAGCGGCGGAACCAUGUUGUGCACAUCUCUUGGGCAUGUUCUCUACCUCAACCACACAUCCAUGGCACAGGCGCUGCUGAGACACUGCUCCGUGCCACAGAGCCAGUUUGCAGCAGUGUUUGCCGUGCUGUUCGACGUG